AUGGAUCGUUUCCGUUGGUGCUCCGAUGAUGUUGAAAACUAUGGUUCAACAAGUUUAGAUAACAUCAAUGAAGAGACAAUCGUGCUACAACAGACAGGUGUACGCCUCUAUGAUGGACCUAAUCGAAGUGCUUUUGAUUGUGGUGUCGUCAAGUUGACAACUCAUCGUCUGUUAUGGUUUGAUCCAUUACGACCAGAUAGUUCAUCAUUUAUAGCUUUACCAUUAGCUGCUAUUAUCUCGGUGAAACUUGAAGAAGGCGGUGGUCUUACAAUAAAUCGUACGCCUAAGCUUAUUCUACGCCUGAUCAGUGUGCCUGCUUUACAGAAUGCGUUAAUCAGUUUAUCGAAUCCACCAAAAUGGAUUGAACAUUGGUGUGAUAAUGUUGGUGUUGGUGGUGGUGGAAAUACUGGCGGUGAAAAUGCUGUUGUCAAUUAUAAUUAUACAACGGCGGCUGUUGUGAGUUAUUCAAAAGAAGAUCAUGUGAAAUUAGGCUUUCCUAGAGCUGGACAUCAUGAAUUUCUUCGAGGCUUAAAUGAAGUUUUAAAGGUAAAACUAUGGGCAUUAUCUCUACAUUCGGAUUCUAAAUCUACAGCUAAAUCAUUCGGUACAGGCGGGAUUGGAGCAAUUCAACGCCAACAGGCUGCACGUGCUGUUGAAGCUGAUUAUAGUAUUGCUGAAACAUUCGAGGAUUUGAAUCGUCUUAUGGCAAAUGCAAGUGAAAUGGUCAAGUUAAGUCGUGUACUGGCUAGAAAGAUUCGAAACUCUAAGAGUAAUGAAUUCUCAGCGAAUGAAAUCGCUGAAUUACGCUCAACUAUGCUGGCAAUGGUGUUGUAG